GGUUAAGUACACUACAAUGUUUACACUGUAAUGCCAUCACAAAUUGAAGCAGUUAAACUGGUGUACGACUAUCCAAAUUCCCUUGGUAAUUUAUGAUGUAUGUCCUUGUAUGUUACCGUCGAUCGCUACAAUAUCCACAAUAGGAAUAACCUAAAAAUUUAAUUUGAAAAUAAACCCAUUCUCAUUCGUUGUACCACAAUAAAAUUUCAGUGAUGUUUGUUGUUCGGAGUCUAUUACCAAAUUGCAACGCUAUAAUCGUAAAAGAAAUCCGUCGCAAUCUUCCUCGACGAGAUCCUGGAAUUUACCAUCGAAGGAAGUUACUUGAAAAUGACAAUGAUGAUACCUCUGUAGACCUUGGCAACUACGACUAUGACUUGGAAACUGAUUUUACAAAUGUCGGAAGCUCUUAUGAAGACCAUUUACAAGACAGUAAUAAAGAAAGGGAAAUCUUGAGCAAAAAUAUUGUCAAGCAGAAAUAUUUCAAAGAAGCGGCAACCAACUUUUUGACCUGGAAUGAUAAAGAGCAAAUACGUUACCUCCACAGUACUGAUCCAGAAGAAUGGUCAAUAGAGAAACUAUCCGAGGGUUUUCCUGCUUUACCACAUGUCAUUGCUAAGUUGGUGAAACCACAGUCUUGGGAGAAAAAGUCGGCACAAAAAAUACAAAAUCAUGAUAAAUCAGUGACGAAAAAUUGGGAGAUGUUCAAAGCAAAUAAAAUCACAAAUUUAAGUACAGAACUAAGGCAACAUUUGCAAAAGUUCACUAAUAGAACUUUAAAUUUAAAACCUGCAUACUUAGAGCACACCAAGAAAACUACUCCACCCAAAAUCAAAAUGGGAUCUGAGUUUUCAGAUAUCAUUGUUAGUUACCAAAGAACAAAACAUAAUGCGGAGACACCAAAACAAACCGAUUUUAGUAAAGGAUCUUCCAAUAACCAGCAAUUGCAGGAUACGUACAUGUUAAGUACCACAAAACAGAAUAAACGGGACAAACACAUUACACUACAGCAGCUACAAGAAGACAUAGUGAAAAAGUCCUUUGGUGGUACAGUAUCCCCAGAGGAAGAAGAUCUGCUACGGGAAACAAAAAAGGAUAAUAUGGAAAAGUGUGAUGUACAAAUAAUAGAAAAGGAUCCCCUUGAAAUUAGCAAAGUGCACACAGCAACAUCUGUUGUGGCAAAAAAGAAAGCUACAAAAGAUUACUUGUUGGAAUAUCCAGAAAAAAUCUUUAUACCUAAAGGGAUAGGGAAACCUGGGUGUACAUAUCGGUUAAAUGAUUGUUAUUAUGAUGAUGACGGCUUAUUUUUGUAUAGGGUACCAGGAAUGUAUAAAUAAAGAUUUUAUGUUUUA